AUGAAACAAAACCAACCAAAUUUAAAUGUAAAUUUAAAUAAUAGGUUACAACAACAACAAUUAAAUCAAGUAGCGCAACAGCAAUUACAACAACAACCAUUAAAAAAUACAAAACAAAAUCCAAUAAAUAAUCAAACAAAUGGAAUUUUAAAUAAUAAACCAAUUACCACUUCAUCAAACAUAAUGAAUAGUGAUAAUAUUUUAAAUAAUAAUAAUAAUAAUAAUACAAAUAAACCUUCUUCAACAUUUAACUUUAAUAUAACUAAUACACCACCACCACCUGUAAAUAAACAAAAACCAAUUACUUCUUCGUCAACAUCUAAACCAUCUAAUACCACCACUACUACUACUACUACAACUACUACAACAAAACCACCAUCAAAUUCAUUACCUUCAUCAUCAUCAUCAAAAGUUAAGGUUAAUUCAUUAACUUCACAAAAUAAUAAUAAUAAUAAUAGCAAUACUAAUACAAAUAUGACAACCCAACCACCAACAUUUAAUAAUUUAAUAAAACCACAAUCACUACCAUCGACUACAGGUAUGAACGAAAUAAAGAAUACACCAACAAGGACAACCACUACUACAUCAACACAACACACUAAAUAUAUAAAAGAAGAUAUUGUUGUUAAAGAAAAUAAUAAUAGAAUUAGUAACAUGAAUAAUAAUAAUAUAAGUGGAGCUAGUGGUGGCACUACAUUUAAUAGUUAUAACUAUCUACCAAAUAAUACUCUUGAUAAUUUCAUAAAUAAUUCUAAUACAACUACAACAACCACAAAUAAUAAUACUAAUAAUAAUAAUAAUAAUAACAAUAAUAAUAAUAUAAUUAAUAAUAUAAAACAACAACACGAAUUAGAACUAUUACAACAAAAACAUAUUGAAGAGAUGAAAAUAUUACAAAAUGAACAAUUAAAUCAAUUAAAAAAACAACAAAAGAAAUUAAAUGAAUCAGAUACGGAUGGUAGUGACGAUGAUGAUGACGAUGAUGAUGAAUAUGGUGAAAAUAUGAAUUUAUCACCAAGAACAUUAAGAGAAUUAAAAAAUAUUCAAAGAUUAAAAAAUCUAGAGAAAUUUAGUCCACCUUAUUUAAUAACUAAAAAAACUUCACCAUCAAUUAAAACAUUACCAAAAUUCCCAGAAUGGACAAAAGAAAGACCUUUUCUUAAUUAUGGUUAUCUUGCAAAUAUAUCUACAAAUUAUACAAGUUUAAUUUUACCUUCAAAAUAUGAACAAACUAAAAUUCAAUUAAGUUCAAUACCAAAUUAUUUUAGAGAACAAAUUUUAAUUGAGGAUUUAUUAUCAACAAUGAUUGGAAUUGAAGGAGAAUGUAUACAUAUAGGAGUUGUACAAGAGAAUGAAGAUGAUUCAUUACAGAGUAAUUUAGUUAGUUUUGUAGUUGAAGGAGAGGUUGACCCAAGUAAUAAUGAUUUAGUUCAAAGGAUUCUACCAUUAUGUUCAUAUUAUUCAUUCGUUAAUGAUUUCAUUCAAAUUCGAUAUGCCUAUGAAUGGGGUAUAAUCAAUCAUUCAUUAUGUUUUUCAAUCGAUCAACUAUUGAAAGAGUAUUUAGUAUUGGUAUCACAAUUGGAAGGUCAAUUAAAAUCAGAGAGAUUAAGUUUACAAAGAAUGUGGUUCUAUUUACAACCAACCAUCAAAACAUUUGAAAUACUUUAUAGAGUGACCUCGGAAAUUAUGAGAUGCAAUAGUCAUGGUGUUCAAGUGAUUAAUUUACUCUUAAAGCUACAAUCGAAAUAUUCAAGUGAUAAGAAAACCGAUGAUCUAUUUCAUUAUCUCAUUAAAGCUACAACUUUACCUUUCUUGGAGAUGUUGGACCUUUGGAUUCAUCAAGGUAUAAUUAGAGAUACCUAUUUCGAAUUCAUGAUUGAAGAGAAUACAGAUUUAAAACGUGACAAUAUCAAUAGGGAUUUUAAUGAUCUCUAUUGGGAACAACGUUAUCAAAUUCGUCAAGAUCAAAUUCCAAAAUAUUUACAAUCACAUGCUUUAAAAAUUUUAACAACUGGUAAAUAUUUAAAUGUUGUUAGAGAAUGUAAUCAAUCAAUUUCACAACAACAACAACAUAAUAAAUCUGACAAUAAUAAUAAUAAUAAUAAUAAUGUAAAAUUAAACAGUCAACAACAAUUAUUAUUAUUAAAAUUAAAUACAACUCAACAACAACAACAACAACAACUUUCAAGUACAUCAGCAUCAAUGAUACCAACAACAAUUAUUGAAUAUUCAAAGAAUGAAAAUGUUUAUAUUGAUAAGAUUGAAAAAGCAUAUGAUUAUGCAAGUGGUAUAUUAUUAAAUUUAUUAAUUAAUGAAAGACAUUUAAUCUCAAGAUUAAAAGCUAUUAAACAUUAUUUCCUCUUAUGCAAAGGUGAUUUCUUUUCUCACUUUAUGGAUACCACUUAUGAUGAAUUAAAGAAACCAUUGGAUCAAAUUAAUAUGGUUAAAAUGAAUUCAUUACUUCAACUCUCAUUAAGAACUUCUUCAAUAUCUGAAGAGG